GUUGCUGCACUCCAGCCUUCAGAUCCAAAAAAACAUUUGCUGAAACGAGAGCACCUUGAGCAUAUCUACCCAAGGCUUCUGAUCAUCAAAGAAUAAUCAUGGAUUCCUUUCUGAGGAAGAUGCUGUGUUUAUUUAUUAUCUGCAUGUCUCUACGAGAUGGCUGUGGGCUCCCUUUAUCAGACCAUCUGGAGGCGCCGGUCCAAGCGAUUCAUCCGCACCACAUCAGGACCAAGCGAUGCUCCUGUAACAACUGGGAGGACAGAGAGUGCAUCUACUUCUGUCACCUGGACAUAAUCUGGGUCAAUACACCAAGCAAACUGCUUCCUCAUGGUUUGGGAAGCUCUGUGUCUCGUCGCCGCCGGUCAACCAAGAGAUGUGAAUGUCGUGAUCCUGCUGAUAAAACCUGCAACAGGUUUUGCCGUAAAAGCUUAGAGGACAGCACAACCGAUAUCUUGGAGUCACCGCAAAAAGCCACAGCGACGAAGAGUCACAUAUUGCUGUCAUCCUUAAGAUCUGUACUCCAGUCCAACAUGGUGAUUGCAAAAGCUGUUCACUCAUCAAACAUGAAAUCUUCCGGAGCCACAGAGACUAAAAAUAGGAGGUGAAGAAGUGAAGAGAGAAAGGAUAUUUGGACUUGUGAAUCCUACCUCCACCAACUCCUCGGACUCAUUUUGCUUGAAGCGAUAGGAUGAUGAUUCAAAGGAAUUCCAAUUCUAUGGAAGCAGAGGGAGGAAAAGGAAAAAAAAAAACUGUAUCAACAGCAAAAUCAAAACUUGGGAGACUCCUUAGUUCUGAAUGCAUGUUUUAGUAUGAGUGCAUGAGUUAUUACCUCAGUUGGAGAUGUAAAACAUCCUUAUAUUUAUGAAUAUAUAGCACGUCAUUGUAGACCUUUGCCUUAGAAUUCCUCUGUAUCAGAGGUGGAGUGUACUGUCCUUCUUAAUGUUUAAGGCAAACCUGCAAAUAGCUUUUAAAUUAUCAGGAAGUACUUGAAAACGGCAGCUAGUUUACGCCUGGCCCUCGGUGGCCAUGGUUGAAUGUAAUCUCCCUGGGAUUUACGUAAUGAACACUUUGUUUAUUCAAGGCCCCCCCUUCCCAGCACAGUAUUCUUUUAGUUUGUAGAAUUAAUAAUAUGGUAGGUCUAUUAUGAUUUUUGAUUUAUUUAAUGAUAAGCUAGAAGGUUUCAAAUAUGAACAGCUUCACAAAACAAGACCAUAGUUUUUUUCUCCUUGCUGACAUAUUCAUUUAAUACCUUUGUUAUUUAUCAUAGGGAAAAUCUGACACAUGACUCCUGCUAUGUAAUUUGUAACUCAUGAAUUUGUGGUCUGCAUUAGAUACCGUUAAUGCCAUUAGCUGGCUGAUUGCGGCCUACAGUCAGUGACUGAAUGUGGACAUGUCACUGCAAGGCAAAAACAUCUCAGUGCUGAAUAUCAUCUUCAGUUUAUACAUUUUACUGAACUAAUAUGAAAACAAUCAUUGUAAGUUGAAUACUUUAUUUAUUGCCUAACUUAUUGAGAAAUGUAUUUAUAGUUCCAUAACUAAUGCCUGGUAUUUUGUAUGAGAAUA